GUUUGCAAAGCGCCAAAGCUGCAGAAUUCCCCUCCCUCCCUCUCUACAAUCCGUUACUGGGGCUUUGGAGGGUGACGCAGCAUUGGUAACACGGGCACAGGGUACCGCUGCGCAACAAAAGAUCACUCCUAGACGCGGGAUAUUGUGUCUGCAGUUUCCAUAGAGCGAACAUGAAAGCUCAGUUAUUUGCAGUAGACGUGUUACUGCUGUGCUUAUCUUGCGGAGCAAGUGCAUUGGCCACGACUCUUCCUGGCGUCUCCGCGCUCUUGCCUGCAGCCAAUUUCACCAAACUUGGCGCGACGCACGGCUAUGGGACAGAUGUUACGACUAUUUCCAAGACCAGGAGGAAGCGUUACAUCAGUCAGAACGACAUGCUUGCCAUUCUUGACUACCAUAACAAAGUAAGAGGGAAAGUGUUUCCCCCAGCCUCCAAUAUGGAAUACAUGGUGUGGGACGACGCUCUGGCUAAGACAGCCGAGGACUGGGCUCAUGCCUGCCAGUGGGAGCACGGGCCACCUCAUCUCCUCAGGUUCCUGGGUCAGAACCUCUCCGUCAGGACGGGACGGAUAAGGUGGGCUCCCGUCGCUUGUCCCCUCGCACACUGA